AUGCAGUGGCCGCGUUGGACGAUGGUGGAAGAUGGUUUAGGCUUGCUGUCGGCUGCGGGUCACACUGGUGACAUUUCGGCCCGCACCGAGCCUCACGACAGUGACCCCUUACUGCGGCCAAGUGAUGGUCCCAUCAAGAUCUUGACAUUGGCCGCAGAAAGUGUGGGAUGUUCCCUGGAAGAGGAGAUGACUUUGUCGGAGCUGAAGUGUAGUAUCCAAUCGCAAACAGGUCACCACCCUUCCAGUAUGCAGCUUUUCGUCAAUGGCGAACUCUGUGAGAAAGGCGGCUCCCUGGAUCAGAAAGUGCAGACGCUGAGCGUGGUGAGGUGCCAGUGGGAUCAGGAGAAGAAGGAAGCCUUUCAUGCGAAGCUUAAGGCGGCUGUUGAAACAGGACAAGCUCUGCAGUUUCUCCAGUAUAUGGAGCACAACCUGGAGCAAGAGACGCUGAUGCGAAGGGCCCGGCGCUUCGCCCAACACCCUCACCGUCAUCGCCAGCGCACUCAUGUCUUGGAUUUGUCGGCAUGGCUCCAGGAAGAUGAUCAGUUCCUUGAAGACAUUCUCCGUUUGUCGGCCACGACGCCGGAUGAGAUGAAUGCCCGGCUGUGCGAG